UUUUCAAGAACUAAAAAAGAAUUCCAACUCGAAAAAUCUCCUAAAGAACCUGAAAAAAAUAAUAACGAAUAAAUCUAAGAAACAGAAGAAUAAAAACUAAUUGGAGAAUAUGUAUUAAAAUCCCGUAUAGGUGGUCAUUCAUAGGAAAGAUUAUAUGAAAAGUAUAUGAGUUUUUAUAAUUAAGCAAUAGACAUAGCUGAUGUUCCAGGUACAACAAUAGUAAAAACAAAACAAUAAGCACAAUAUUGUGUAAAAUUAUUAUAAUCCUUAAAAGAUAGAGUACAUGCAUGGGAUACAGAAACUAUAGAUAUAGAUUUAAAAACUGAAUCAGCCGUUGGAAAUGGAAAAAUAAUAUGUGCAAGUGCUUAUUGUGGUUUAGAUGUAGAUUUUGGAAAUGGUCCUCGUUUAUUUAUAGAUAAUUUUGCUUAAAAUACUAAUCUUAUUAAUAUUUUUAAAGAAUAUUUAGAAGAUGAAAAAUAUAAAAAAGUAUGGCAUAAUUAUGGUUUUGAUAGACAUAUAUUUUAUAAUCAUGGAAUUAAUGUGAAAGGUUUUGGAGGCGAUACAAUGCAUAUGACUAGGCUUAUAGAUCCAUCAAGAGGACCAAAAGAAUAUAGUCUUUCGUCUAUCUCGAAGUUUUAUGAAGACGAUAUAAUAGAAAAAAAAAAGGAAAUAUUAUAAAAAACAAAACUAUUUUGGGAAAAACAGUUAGAAAAUUUAAAAAGAAUUCAACUUUUAAUAGAAAGCGAUGAAGUUGAAAAAAUAAGCAAAAUAGAUCUCUAGUAAUAUAAAUUAUAAGGAAAAAGUAAAGAAAAAAAAUUACAAAUAUUAACUCUUUAAUAAUAAAAUGCUUAAAAUAAAUUAUAAUCAGCUUUUUUUUUCUAACGAAAUUUUUUAGAUAUAAACAUUAAAACUAACAUGAAGUAAUUAUUCGCCAAAAAAAAAUACUUAAAAGAUGGUCGAGAGGGAAAAACACUUGAAUUUCCGACUGUAAUAAGAAUGCAUAGUGAUACUGAACUAAUAAACAAUUGGGUUAAUUAUUCAGCUUUAGAUGCAGAAGUGACUUUUUUCCUAUAUUAAGUAUUAAUGACAAAACUUUAGGAGUUAGAAACCAAUUUUGAAAAUAUGAAAAAUAUGAAAGAUUUGUAUCAUAAAUAUUGGCUUCCUUUUGGAGAAUUACUAACUGAUUUGGAAAGAAAAGGUUUUGAAAUUAACAUUUAACAUUUAGAAAAUAUUUAAGUAAAAGCAAAUGAGGAUAUCAUUAAUUAUUAGAAAUAAUUUCUUGAUUGGGUAACUCAUAUUUAGCCUUAAUUAGAGUAAUUUAAUCCUUCUAGUGUCUAAUAACUCCAACAUUUAUUUUUUGCGCCUUUUAAAAGAGUACCCUAAGCCAAAGCAAAAGGCAAAAAGUCCCUAAGUAUACUCACUGAAAAAGAAUAAAAUGACAUAAAUACUAUAUAUGAAGAUGAUAAAGAAGGAGAAGAUAAUUCCGGCUAUCAUUCAGACGGCCGUAAAAAGGCUGUUCGAUAAAUAAUUGACGAAAUUCCUCAAAAAAAAAUUUUUAAAGUCCUAAACAUUAAAAAUGUACUUGAAAUUGGUAAAAAAAGGCCUUUAAAGCAUACAGAUAUGGAAAUCGAAGGUUUAGGUUUAUAAGCUAUAAGUUAUACUGAAACUGGAAUGCCUGCUGUAGAUUUACCAGUUUUAAAAAUACUCGCUGGAAAUCCAGAAAACGGAGAUUUCGGGAAAAUAGGGGAAUUUUAUAGAAAAUAAGGAUAAGAAGAAUUAGCCUAAAAAGCCUCAAAAAGUAUACAAGCAUUAAUAUAAUUAAAAUAAACAGAAACUCUUCUAUAAACUUUCAUUAUUCCCUUAAGAGAAACAGCCGAUAAAAAUAAUAGAAUACAUUGUUCAUUAAAUAUAAAUACAGAAACAGGCCGAAUUUCAGCCAGAAAGCCUAAUUUAUUGAAUCAGCCUGCUUUAGACAAGGAUGUAUAUAAAAUAAGAUCUGCAUUUUAAGCUUCAAAAGGAAAUAAGCUUAUUGUAGCUGAUUAUGGGCAAUUAGAGUUAAGAAUUUUGGCUCAUAUGACCAAAUGUAAGGCGAUGUUAGAUGCUUUUCAUAAAGGAGGAGAUUUCCAUAGUAGAACUGCAAUGACUAUGUAUCCUGAAAUCAAAAAAGAAAUCGAAGAAGGGAAACUACUACUAGAAUGGGAUAAAAAUAAAGGAAGUCCACCAGCACCUUUAUUAAAGGAUAAAUACUCAAGUGAACGUAAAAAAGCGAAAAUGAUGAACUUUUCUAUUGCAUAUGGGAAAAGUGCACAUGGAUUUUCAAAAGACUGGGGAUGUUCAUUAUAGGAAGCUUAAGAAACACUAGAAAAAUGGUUUUCAGAAAGACAAGAAGUCAAAACUUGGUAAACUAAAACUAAAAACAUUGCUUUAGAAAAAGGAUGUUCAUAAACAUUGAUGGGUAGGUAUAGAAAUCUUGCAAAAUUAUUAAACAGCAAAAGCCCAGAUUCUAUUGCUUCACAUGGAUUGAGGGCAGCUAUUAAUACUCCUAUAUAGGGAGGGGCAGCAGAUCUUGUUAUUGCUGCUAUGGUUAAAAUUUAAUAGAAUUAAGAAAUUAAGGAAUUGGGAUAUGAAUUAGUGUUGUAGAUUCAUGACGAGCUUAUUUUAGAAGGGCCAGCAGAAAAUGCGGAAGAAGCGUUAAAGCUUGUAAUUAAAAUUAUGGAAAAUCCACUUGACAUGCCGCUUUUGUUGAAAAUGGAAGUUGACGCAAAAAUCGGAGAUAAUUGGUAUUAAUGUAAAUGA